AUGGCCAGACGUGUCUGCAUGUACCGAAGCGACGACGACACACCUCACAGUUUUGCUGCCAAUAUGAGUUGGUGGAGGAGACUUUCUACCAAACACGUUGAACACUCAUCACGUCUGUUUGCUCGUGCCGUGGUACGAUCGUUUGCAGAGCCGGUCUUGGUAGAAUUUGCAAAAAAUGUUGUCCUCGGUUCGCCCAUAAACUUGUCCGCUCCACAUUCGCCGUCGCCGUCGCCGUCGCCGUCGUCGUUGCAGGCGGACAUGAAAACAAAUUGGGCCAGUCUAAUGAGGCACCAGCCUCACGGCAUCCAACAGAAUAUUCAUUUGCGUGUAUAUUUGUGUGUCUGUCUCUGUGAGUGUGUGCGUGUGUGUAUAUUUGCGGACACACACACACACACACAUAACCGAACCGCUGUACGACGACCGGGUGAGCGGUAG